AUGGGAGAGAGGAGGAGCCUUUGCGUAGGGGAAGCUGUGGACGGCGAGGAGGCACCGGGGGUCUCAUGGAAGACGCCGUUGGUUUUCCAGUCGAAGCUGCUCUGCCUAUCCCUGCUGUACCUUGCCACCUCCCUCCUCAUCUCCCUCGAUGUCACCAUCUCCCACACCGGCUGCCUCUUCCGCUUCCCCUAUCCCCUCUACACCGACCUCCAUAGCCGCCUGAGCGAACCCCUCUUCUCCUAUCCCACCGCCUAUGGCGAGCACAAGCACGCCCUCCCAUCGUCUUCCUCGUCCCCCUCCUGCGACUCCCCCGUCCUCUUCCCAGGUCCCGAAGAAAUCUCUCUUUGGCAUACCGCGUUUCUGUGUUGGUUUUUUGGGUUCUCUGGAUCGGAAAUCGUCCUAAAGGCGUGGAAUUCCGCUGCAGAUUAUCUGGCGGCCUUUGCGGAGAUCCAGAGCCUGUCGAGGAACUCGUCGUACCCUUCGCCGGCGGUGCGCGUGAGGUAUAUGAGCGGGACGAGAACGAGUUUCGCCGGGAAUUUCACUACUCAGGAGAGGAAAUCGUACUUCACCCUAGGGAACAGCGGCGGCGGCGAUGAUGAUGGCACGGCGCCGCCGGAGGUCCCCUGCGGGUUCUUUCGGGAAUUCCCCGUUCGUCUGUCAGGUCGGUGCAGCAUCCAGCUUCUUCUUCUUAUUCUUGUUUUCCUCGUCGUUGUCUUCUUCUUUAUCAUCGUUAUUAUCACCUUCUUGUUCUUGUUCUUCGUAUUAUUAUUCUUGUCGUCAUUAUAAUCAACAUCAUCUUCUUCUUCUUUUUCUUCUUUCUUCAUCAUCAUGGCCAUCAUCAUCUUCGUCUUCCUCUUCUUCUUUCUUCAUCAUCAUGACCAUCAUCAUCUUCGUCUUCCUCUUCUUCUUUCUUCGUCUUCAUCAUCCUCAUCAUCUUCUUCUUCUUCUUCUUCUCCUUCUUUCUUCAUCAUCAUCACCAUCAUCAUCUUCGUCUUCUUCUUCUUCUUUCUUCGUCAUCAUCUUCUGCACCUUCACGAGGAGUGGGCGGUGGAUUCCAGACAAAGCGGCGAUGGAGAGUUGCAAGGGGGUGGCGGUGGCCUCGGCCAUCUUCAGCGACCACGACAAGCUGCGGCAGCCGAUGGGUCUGGGGGUCAAGACCCUGGAAACCGUCUGCUUCUUCGUCUUCGUCGACGACGCCACCCUCCGCGCCCUCACCGCCCACCAUCUCCUCCGCCCUCUGGAACCAGCUGAGGAGGAACAUGAAGCCACAGACGGAGAGCCCAACAAGAUCGGCGUGUGGCGCGUCGUCAGGCUACCCACAGCGGCGCUGCCAUACGCCAACCCUGCCAUGAACGGCGUCGUACCCAAGCACCUCCUCCAUCGUCUCUUUCCCAGCGCCAAGUUCAGCCUCUGGGUGGACGCCAAGAUGCAGCUAACAGCGGACCCCCUCCUCCUGAUUCACUCCCUCCUCGUCGCCGCCGGCGCUGACAUGGCCGUCUCCCGCCACCCCCUCAGCGUCCACACCAUGGAGGAGGCGGUGGCCACAGCGAGGUGGCGGAAAUGGCCGGACGUUGAUGGGCUACGCGCGCAGAUGGAGGCCUACUGCGAGAACGGGCUUCAGCCAUGGUCGCCGGCCAAGCUCCCCUACACCACAGGUGAACGCCCUAGAGUAACUACUGUACCCCCACUUGGGUGUAAAGAAGGAAGUCAUGGAUUGACAGGAUGGAGCUAACCUUCAGAUGUCCCCGACACGGCGAUCAUUCUCCGGCGGCACGGUCGGCGGAGCGACCUUUUCUCCUGCCUGCUGUUCAACGAGCUGGAGGCGUUUAAUCCACGGGACCAGCUGGCCUUUGCCUAUGUCAGGGACCUCAUGCGGCCGCAGGUACGCAUCCACAUGUUCCCCGCGGCGGUGCUGGAGCAGAUCGCUGUCGAGUACCGGCAUAACCUCAAGCCCGCUGGCGGUGGCGCCAUCGCCGCCGUUGAGCAUGGUGGGUUGAAACCGAGGAGGGCCUCUUCCCGGGGCCUCCGUGGGAGCAGCUGCAAGGGCUACCUUCUGAAGAUGUGGGGGGAGGAAGCAAACGACGGCGAGUGA